AUGGACACCUCUUUCAGUUGCUUCAGUUGUGGAAAAUUGUUAAACUCUAUUGAAAUGCUGCUUAAACACAUCAAAAUUAUACAUCCUUUUCUUGUAAAGUACAAAUGCAACCAAUCAGAUUGUUUUAGAUCAUUUCAUAAUUUAUCGACUUUACGAAAACAUUAUGUCUCUGAACACAAAGGGGCCAGCAAAUGUUCAAAACCAAUAUCUACUAGUAAUACAGGGCUAUCACAACAUGAUGAUUAUCAUGAUGACAAUUUCAAUAAUGGCAUCAGUACCAUCAUAGAUGGCGAAGACGAAGUGCAAACACCCAAAAAAUUGAACAUAAAGGAUGAAAUAGUUGCUUUCAUAUCAAAUUUGUAUAGUUUACCGUCUAUACCCAGAAAUCAAGUUCAAUUAAUAAUAAACAGGUUUGAUGAGUUGAUGUCAUCCGUGUGUAAUUACAUUUCAGAUAUUUUACAAAGUUUGAAUUCCGAAUGUGAUAGUAUUAUAAACGUAUUGCACACGCUUUCAGAUGUGCAGACUAUGUUAGCCGAAUUUAAAUCUGAAUAUCGUUGUUUUAAGUAUUUUGAAGAAUGUGACAGCUUCAUAAGGCCAGAAGUGUUUUCUGUUGGAGAACAUCCUGUAUUAAACAACAAAAGUACAACGCAACACCCAGUUCUGGCAUUGAAAAAAAUCGAAAUACAGAAAAUUCCUUUAAGGAGAGUUUUACAAAAAUUUUUGGAAUUACCAAAUGUUUAUAAUAUCCUACAACAAUAUUUACAAGAAGAAGAUUCAAAACCUUCAUCGGUUUUGUCUAAUGUCUUUCAAGGUUCUCUUUGGCAGAGUAUGAAGACGAAAUUUGGCAAUAGAACGGUUUUUCCUCUCUAUAUGUUUUUCGACGACUUUGAAUCAUGCAAUCCUCUUGGAAGUAAAGCUGGUAUACACAAAAUCGGGGCGGUAUACGUUUCGUUGGCUUGUAUACCACCAGAAUAUUCUUCCAUACUUGAAAACGUAUUUCUAGCUCAAUUGUUUUAUUCUAAGGAUAGAACGACAGUCGGAAAUGGAAAAAUUUUUUCUAAAUUAUUAGAAGAAUUCAAAUACUUAGAGGAAUAUGGAAUUGAAGUACAUAUUAGCUCAAAACGAUAUCGUAUUUAUUUUGUUCUUCUUUUAGUUUUGGGAGACAAUCUAGGUUUAAACUCAAUUUUAGGAUUCAAUGAAAGUUUUAAUGCGAAUUAUUUUUGUAGAAUAUGUAAAACUUCCAAAGAACUUUCUAAAAUUCAGAGUAUUGAAGAUUUUAACACUCUGCGCACAAUUAAUAAUUACGACGAGGAUUCUAGGAAUUUAAGUUUUGGAAUUAAACAGAUAUGUAUUUUUAAUGAUCUACGAUUCUUCCAUGUGGUUGAGAAUAUCUCCGUGGAUUUAAUGCAUGAUUUGCUAGAAGGAGUGUUAAGAUAUGAUAUGGCCCAUAUAUUAAAUAACUUAAUAUCUAAAAAAUUUGUCUCUCUUCCACUAGUAAAUAGUCGGAUUAAGUUUUUUAAAUUUUCGGAAGCAGAUAUUGGCAAUCCCAUACCUAUAAUAAAAAUUGAACACCUUCAAAAAAAUUACUUAACGUUAAGUGCAUCAGAAAUGUGGGCCUUUGUUGUAUACUUUGGUAUACUACUAGGAGAUCGUGUCCCAGAUAAUGACGAAGUGUGGGAAUUUUAUCUAAAUUUACAUCGAAUAAUUCACAUUAUUACUAGUAGAACUAUUUCCAGAAAUGCUGUUGAGCUCCUAAAAACCUUAAUUGACAACCAUAACAAAGAUUACUGUGCUUUGUUUAACGAUUCUCUAAAACCCAAACAUCACAUAUUGGUGCACUAUCCUACAGUCAUAUUAAAAAUAGGACCUCCUCGUCUGAUUUGGGGGAUGAAGUAUGAAAGUUUCCACAAAACCUUAAAAAACUUUGCUGGUGCAGUUACAACCAGAAAAAACAUAAUUGCUACAUUAGCUGUAAAGCAGCAACUCAAAUUAUCAUCAAGAUUCUUAAGCGUUCGCGGAAUUGAUGAUAAUAUAUGUCUUGGUCCAUGUGAAGGGUUAAUUUCGCAAUUGCCGGAAUUUUUCGUUAUAGAGAGAUUACUAAAUUCGCAUCUCAUCACUUUUAAUUCAAAUGAAGCUGUAAUUGUAAAUUGGGUAAAGAUUAACAAUAUUAAAUACAAAGAAGGGUUAUGUUUGCAAUUUACAGAAAAUGAUAUUCCCGAUUUCAUUAAAAUUAAAUUUAUUUUUCACAUAAAUAAUGAGAUUUAUUUUGUUGGCUGCCUUAUUUAUACCAUUGGGUAUAAUACUCAUAUUCAAGCGUAUGAAAUCCGAGAUGAAAUCAUAUGCGAUUCUAAAAUCUCCCCAAAUAAUUUUAAACUAAUUCCUUCAAGAAAUAUGCUUAAUCGAAAACCUAGCAAUAUUCACUAUACAGCUGACGGUAUGUUAGUUAUCUACAAUGCAUAA